CCAUGGUCCUGUUUACCAGGAAGAGGCGGGGUGUAUUCCUUUCUCCAGUUCUGUUGUUUUUAGGCAGAAGAUGGAGCUCCCGGAGACCAUCAGAAAGCGCUUAGAUGACUUUUCUCGUAAUAUCUUAUUUGACCAGACUCGAACUGUGACGUUCGCCGAAGAAAACGACGGAUUCUUGCCUCACGAGAAACCAGUUCUGUCCAGCCUCCAGCUGCAGAUGUCGCUGUAUUUUAACAUGUGGUUCUUUCCCUGCUGGUGGAUCAGUGAAACUGUUAUGCUGCAUCUCAAGUACCCUGCCUUGCCAGAGUACUACAAGUUCAUCCUUGUGACUAUUCUGCUGCUGAUGACUCUUAUUGAGGCCAUCAGGCUUUAUCUCGGAUAUGCUGGGAACCUGCAAGAAAAGGUUCCAGAGUUGGCAGGCUUUUGGUUGCUCACCACCCUUCUGCAGCUUCCCCUCAUCCUUUUCCAGCUGUUUAAUGAAGCCAUUCUCAUCCAGCCUCUGGAGAGGGGCGUCCACAUAGUGCUCACCGUAUUCAUUCUCAUACAGGCUGCCUCUGGUUUUGCAGCGCUGCGGAACAUGGUUAGACACACAGGGAGCCAGUUUCAUCUCCAACAGUUUGACUGACUUCGGAGGCUCAGACAUCCACGUCUGUUCUGGUGUGCAAUGAGUCACAAGGAUGCCUUCUUUCUGCACAUCUCUCAAACACUAAGGGCGAUAUGAAAAAGGACUUAACAUGUGUCAAGUGGUUGAUAUUUUCAUAUGAUUUAUAUCUAAAUAAAAUAUUUAUUUUUGUAUUUUAUUCA